CAGUGACAGUGCACAGGGCCUGGCCCAUUAUUAAGGCGGCAGCAAUAUGCCCAUUUUCUUUAAGUUACGAACAAAGCGACGACGUCGCUGCUCAUCCAUUUCCGUAUCUUCCAAUUCCAACACCAACACCACCACCAACCAGAUGAACUAUGAUGGCCUGCUCUCCAAGCUGACCGAUGACAAAUUGAUGCUCUUCGAGCCCGGCGAAGGGGAGAUAGUUGAGGGAAGUCGUUGUAUACCGGAAGUCAAUGUGCCGCCUACUAUUCCCGUCAAUGAUGGAGCUUCUGUCGAGGAGGAGCAGGUGGCUACCAUCCAAACUGUGCAACGUACAGUCAUGAUGGCCCCCAAUGCUUCAAUAUCAUCAGCAGGUACAGCUCCAGCUCCCGUGACCACAACAAAAGCACCAAUCAUAAGUGCGAACACGAACCUUAAAUCGGAAAAUGCUGCGACAGCAACGCCGCAACGAAAAAUAUCGACGUCAUCACGUUUCAUGAAUGCCUUCAGUCAGCUUUACAGCGGCAGUAGCAGCAACAAUUGCGGUCACGUGGAGCAGCAUAUCGAUGCUGAGGCAGAGCUGGCCGCCAACCGAACACCCACCAAGGGCAUGGAGUCGAAACUGGUGGCCAUGUGGCACAAUGUAAAGUAUGGUUGGAAAAUGCGACAGACAAGCUUCUCCAAGGAGCAGCCAGUUUGGCUUUUGGGACGCUGCUAUCAUCGCCGCUUCACUCCGCCAGUUAGCAUGGAGAGUUCGAUGACAGAGUUACCUGGCGGGGCCGACUCUGUGCCAGAUAAUGCCACAUCGGCCUGCGAUAGCAUUCAAAACACAGCCGCCACCACAUCUACUGGUUUAUAUCCCGCCUUGAAUCCCCAACAGGUCGAUGAGAUAGUAGUUCCCCAGGAGUUGGGCAUGGAUGCUGUCGAAAACCAAGUCGGCGAGACUCCCUGGGAGGAGGGCAUAGAAGGGUUUCGUCGCGAUUUUUACAGCCGUCUGUGGAUGACCUAUCGUCGGGAGUUUCCCAUCAUGAAUGGCUCCAACUAUACCUCUGAUUGCGGCUGGGGCUGCAUGCUUCGCAGUGGGCAAAUGCUCCUUGCCCAGGGACUCAUCGUUCACUUUUUGGGACGGAGUUGGCGCUAUGAUGCUGAGUCCCAGUUGCAUUCUACUUAUGAGGAUAAUAUGCACAAAAAGAUUAUCAAAUGGUUUGGCGACAGCUCUUCAAAGAGUAGUCCUUUCUCUAUUCACGCCUUGGUUAGUUUGGGUACGGCAUUGGGCAAGAAACCGGGCGACUGGUAUGGACCAGCUUCCGUCUCCUAUUUAUUGAAGCACGCCCUGGAGCAUGCUACUCAGGAAAACGCAGACUUUGACAAUAUAAGUGUCUAUGUGGCCAAGGAUUGUACAAUUUACAUACAAGACAUUGAGGAUCAGUGUAGCAUUCCAGAGCCGGCUCCCAAGCAGACUCAUGUGCCGUGGCAGCAAAUGAAGCGCCCUUCGUUGAAUGAGCAUCAACCGGACCAACAGCAUUGGAAAUCCGUUAUUAUACUAAUUCCAUUACGCCUGGGAACGGAUAAGGUGAAUCCGGCAUAUGCUCAUUGCUUGAAACUCUUGCUAAGCACUGAAAACUGUUUGGGAAUCAUUGGUGGGAAACCCAAGCAUUCAUUGUACUUUGUGGGUUUCCAAGAGGACAAGCUCAUCCACCUGGAUCCGCACUACUGUCAAGAGAUGGUCGAUGUCAAUCAGGAGAAUUUCUCUAUGCAAUCGUUUCAUUGCAAAUCGCCACGUAAGAUCAAGACCAGCAAAAUGGAUCCAAGCUGCUGCAUAGGUUUCUAUUGUGCCACCAAAAGUGAUUUCGAUAGCUUAAUGGAGAACGUGCAGUUGUAUUUGCAUCCCAUGCGCUGUGCGUCAGGGGCAGCAGCUGGGGUUCAACAAACACUGUUGCAGCAGCAGCAGCAUCCACAGCAACCCGAAUCCAAUGAAAUGACCUAUCCAUUGUUCUCAUUCUCACGCGGUCGAUGUCUAGAUCAUGCACGCGAUGAGAUGAGUGAUUCGCUAUAUAAGCCCCUCAUUAGGCAAGUUGCCAGUCUGGCUCAAGAAUUGGGCGCUCAGGCCAAUCCUUCGCUUCAUAGUUGCGAUCAGGAUCAGGAUGAUAGUGAGAGCGAGGAGUUUGUCUUACUAUAAGCACUGAGAAAUCAUUACCAUUCACUGUAGCCGCCUCUGCCUAUAUAUUCUGUGUUAUGUUAUGUUCAUCUCUAUUAUUAUUAUAGUUUACUCUCAGCUCGCUAAACACAAACAACAACAACAACAAAACGAAAAUUCGCAUCUCAAAAACAAAGACUUGCUUAUUGUUGAUAUACACACACAGACACAUAAAUCUAUAUGUGUAAAUAUUACAUACAUUCAACGCUUUAUUCAUUUACAAUCCCCACAUUUUUGUCUUACAUUGUGUUAUUUUUUAUUCCUAUUUACUACAAAAUGUUGAUAUAUACUUUUAUUGUAGCUAAUGUAAUUUGCGGUAUUAUUAUUUUUUAAUUUUACUUUUUGCCUGGAAU